CCCUGGCAGCAGCACCUGACACUGUGCUGUCCUCUUCUGUCCGCCUCACCAUGAACGCCUCGUAUUCUGUGUUGUGGUUUAACCUCAGGUGUUUCACGAGGUUUGUGGUGUUGCCGCAUUACGCACUUACAGGGCGGAAGAAAAAGUAGUUCCCACCAACCGCGUAUCAUUUAGACAAGAUCUCAGUAGUUUAGUUACUUUCCACUGUGUUCCUGUUAAUGAUUUACAUCACCUCAAAUGACUGAAGUAUCAAAAGUAUCGAUAUUUUGAUUUGAGAAUCGAUUUAGAGCAUGAAGAUCCUCAGAUAAAGGAUUUCAGUAUCGAUCCGCACAUCACCUGACCGCAGUGCUGCCGCCACCUGCCUUCAGGUGAGGCGCAACAGGUAGUUUGUGUUACUUUCACUUCCUCUCAGCUGCUGACGCAGAUUAUUUAGUGACUCCGCACUCAAAGGUAAACGUGUGUUUUUCUCUCUGUUGUUCUCUAAUGACUCGUGUUAUGUGACUGUUUGUGCCUUCCGUUACUUUGACUCGAUCCUCAGAGUCCAAAGUGUUUGAAUGUGUGGCAGGAGUCGAGUCUGUCGGCCGACACGAUCGACCGCUCGGCUCUUGUGCUUUUUAGCAGAAGACGUUUGAAAGAGUGAAAAGCGGCUUCAGCUGUGAUGCUAACAGCUGCUAACAGUCAGGAAUCAGCGGGAAAGCUUGUUUAUUCUCACACUUUGUUUGUUUGUUUGUGAUGGAGAAAAUACUUUAAAGAAGUCACGUUCAUUACCGUAAAGAUGAGAGUAGAGACGCACUGCAGUCUGUCCGUGUUUUAGUCGCUGUCAGCUCUGUGUUUCGUCCAAUCACAGCUCUGGAUGUUUGUCAUGUGACUGAGGGGACUGCUGAUCAAUACUGUGUGACAGCAUGUUGUUGUGUUUGUGUGAAGGUGUGGGCUCUGCUAUGAAUCAGUGUGAGGAGACAGAGGAGGGAGUCCCUCCCUCUAAAACCACUCUGUGUGGGGAACAUGACAGCCAGACCAAAGCUCAGAGCCCCGAGCAGCAGCAGAGACCAGACUGUCCUGAACCUGAACCCAGCUGUGUGUCCAUGAAGAGUGACAGGUCCAUGGGUCCACCAAUAGCGUUUAAAGGACGACUUCCUUCAGAGACUCAUGUGGACCAGCAGACAGCAGACUCUCCUGUACCCAGCUGUGUGACCAUGAAGAGUGACGGGUCCAUCACUGAACCUCUUGACUUUAGAUGUGGACACGACUCUGCUGAAGGAAGAGUUCAGCAGCAACAGUCAGAUGUUCUCGGUGGUCAGUCUGUCCAGCAGAAUCCAGCAGACCUGGACUCCAUAUUCAUGCAUCUUGAGGAGAACGUUGUGACUUUUGUGAAGAACGAGCUGAAGAAGUUCCAGAAGCUUCUGAGUCCAGAUUACCCAGAAAGCUUAGAGAGGCAGAGUGAGGAUGAGGAGGUGUUGGAUGGUGAGGAUGAAGAGCAGAGGAGCAGCAGCAGAGACGCAUUUCUGAAGAUCACACUGCACUUCCUGAGGAGAAUGAAGCAGGAGGAGCUGGCUGAGUGUUUUCAUUCAGGAACUGUUGUUCCAGUUUGUCGACAUCAGCUCCAGUCUGAGCUGAAGAAGAAGUAUGAGUGUGUGUUUGAGGGGAUUGCUAAAGCAGGAAACCUGACCCUCCUGAAUCAGAUCUACACAGAGCUCUACAUCACAGAGGGAGGGACUGCAGAGGUCAAUGAAGAACAUGAGGUCAGACAGAUUGAAACAGCAUCCAGGAAAACCACAAGAGCAGAAACAACAAUCAGACAAGAAGAUAUCUUUAAAGCCUCACCUGGAAGAGAUGGACCAAUCAGAACAGUGAUGACAAAGGGAGUGGCUGGCAUUGGGAAAACAGUCUUAACACAGAAGUUCACUCUGGACUGGGCUGAAGACAAAGCCAACCAGGACGUCCACUUCACAUUUCCAUUCACUUUCAGGGAGCUGAAUGUGCUGAGAGAGAAAAAGUUCAGCUUGGUGGAACUUGUUCAUGACUUCUUCACUGAAACCAAAGAAGCAGGAAUCUGCAGGUUUGAAGAGUUCCAGGUUGUGUUCAUCUUUGACGGUCUGGAUGAGUGUCGACUUCCUCUGGACUUCCACAACAGUGAGAUCCUGACUGAUGUCACAGAGUCCACCUCAGUGGAUGUGCUGCUGACAAACCUCAUCAGGGGGAAUCUGCUUCCCUCUGCUCGCCUCUGGAUAACCACACGACCUGCAGCAGCCAAUCAGAUCCCUCCUGAGUGUGUUGACAUGGUGACAGAGGCCAGAGGGUUCACUGACCCACAGAAGGAGGAGUACUUCAGGAAGAGAUCCAGAGAUGAGGAGCAGGCCAGCAGAAUCAUCUCCCACAUCAAGACAUCACGAAGCCUCCACAUCAUGUGCCACAUCCCAGUCUUCUGCUGGAUCACUGCUACAGUUCUGGAGGAUGUGUUGAAGACCAGAGAGGGAGGAGAGCUGCCCAAGACCCUGACUGAGAUGUACAUCCACUUCCUGGUGGUUCAGUCCAAAGUGAAGAACAUCAAGUAUGAUGGAGGGCAUGGGACAGAUCCACAGUGGAGUCCAGACAGCAGGAAGAUGAUUGAGUCUCUGGGAAAACUGGCUUUUGAGCAGCUGCAGAAAGGAAACCUGAUCUUCUAUGAAUCAGACCUGACAGACUGUGGCAUCGAUAUCAGAGCAGCCUCAGUGUACUCAGGAGUGUUCACCCAGAUCUUUAAAGAGGAGAGAGGACUGUACCAGGACAAGGUGUUCUGCUUCAUCCAUCUGAGCGUUCAGGAGUUUCUGGCUGCUCUUCAUGUCCACCAGACAUUCAACAAAUCAGGUGUCAAUCUUAUGUCAGGAAAACCAUCAGCCUCCAGGUGGUCUCAAUUGAUCAGAAACAAACAGGAACAAACUCAUCUGUACCAGAGUGCUGUGGAUGAGGCCUUAAGGAGUCCAAAUGGACACCUGGACUUGUUCCUCCGCUUCCUCCUGGGUCUUUCACUUCAGACCAAUCAGACUCUCCUACGAGGUCUGAUGAAACACACAGGAAGUGUCUCACAGACCAACCGGGAAACAGUCAGGUACAUCAAGAAGAAGAUCAGUGAGAAUCUGUCUCCAGAGAGGAGCAUCAAUCUGUUCCACUGUCUGAAUGAACUGAAUGAUGGUUCUCUGGUGGAGGAGAUCCAACAGUCCCUGAGGUCAGGAAGUCUCUCCACAGAUGAACUGUCUCCUGCUCAGUGGUCAGCUCUGGUCUUCAUCUUACUGUCAUCAGAAGAAGAUCUGGACGUGUUUGACCUGAAGAAAUACUCUGCUUCAGAGGAGGCUCUUCUGAGGCUGCUGCCAGUGGUCAAAGCCUCCAACAAAGCUCUGCUGAGUGGCUGUAAUCUGUCAGAGAGAAGCUGUGAAGCUCUGUCCUCAGUUCUCAGCUCCCAGUCCUCUAGUCUGAGAGAGCUGGACCUGAGGAACAACCACCUGCAGGAUUCAGGAGUGAAGCUGCUGUCUGCUGGACUGAAGAGUCCAAACUGUCAGCUGGAGACUCUCAGGCUGAGUGGCUGUAAUCUGUCAUGGAGAAGCUGUAAAGCUCUGUCCUCAGUUCUCAGCUCCCAGUCCUCUAGUCUGAGAGAGCUGGACCUGAGUAACAACGACCUGCAGGAUUCAGGAGUGGAGCUGCUGUCUGCUGGACUGAGGAGUCCAAACUGUCAGCUGGAGACUCUCAGGGUGGAACAUGGUGGACAGCAGAGGCUGAAACCUGGUCUGAGGAAGUAUGCCUGUGAACUCACAGUGGACACAAACACAGUAAACACAAACCUCAAACUGUCUGACAACAACAGGAAGGUGACAGCAGUGAGAGAGAAGCAGCCUCAUCCUGAUCAUCCAGAGAGGUUUGACUGCAGGGCUCAGCUGCUGUGUAGAACUGGACUGACUGGUCGCUGCUACUGGGAGGUCAAGUGGAGAGGAGGAGUUCAUAUAUCAGUGACUUACAGAGGAAUCAGAAGGAAAGGAAAGACUGCUGACUGUGUGUUUGGAGGGAAUAAUCAGUCCUGGAGUCUGAGCUGCUCUGAUGUUGUUGGUUUCUCUGUCUGGCACAAUUACAGAACCACACGCCUCUCCUCCUCCUCCUCCUCCUCCUCAUCCUCCUCCUCUGUCUCUCACAGAGUUGCAGUGUAUGUGGACUGUCCUGCUGGCACUCUGUCCUUCUACAGAGUCUCCUCUGACACACUGAUCCACCUCCACACCUUCAACACCACAUUCACUCAACCUCUUUAUGCUGGAUUUGGAUUCUGGCCAUUCAGUUCCUCCUCAGUGUCUCUGUGUUCAGUGUAGGAGGGAGAGUCUCCUCCUGUUAGAGAAACACACACACACACACACACACACACAUACAAUCUGAAUUGAUUUCUCACAUAAAUAAGCGUGUUUAUCCAAUAAAAUCAGGUUCCAGACUCUCACAUCA